AUGUGGUGUAAGUUCCACAAAACAAAGUCUCACAACUCCAGCGAGUGCUUCACUCUCAAGAAGCAGCGCGAAGAGCACAAGCCAAAUGAGAUACAGACAACAGUCUCAAGCAAGAACAAUUAUCCCAGAUUUGAAGAGGAGGCAAGUGACAGUGACAGCGACAGCAACAGCGAGAUUAAGCUCGUUGGUCUGGUCGCCAAGAAGCAUACCAGCACCAAGCUCGCUCCGUUACGCAUCAAGGUUCAGCUCAAGAACGCAAACGGCAUCUUUGAUGCGAUAGUGGUGCAUCGAUAA